GCUUGCUUGCUUCAGUUCCCUUUCAGUUCCAAUUCAAUGGCUUCUGAUGGCAACAGCACCAGUCACCACAAACCCUCCUCUUCAAGAAACCAACAGCAACAAUUGGUCUCCACAAUGAUCAAGCAAGGUUUCAUUUCUGACCCCUUUCUCUCUCCUUCCCGCUUCAACGCUCUCUCUCCUCCCCCCAACUUCAGGGCCCUUGCCAGCCCCUCCCUCUUCGAGAUGAUGUCCGUUGAGCAGGCCCGCGAGCCCAAGCCUUCGUCUGAAGCCCACAAGAAACUCCGAGAGAGGGUUUCCAGUGUUCUUUCUCAAGCCCCAUUUCAUAAUAGUAAUCACUGGGGGAUGUGUGACGUCAGGCUGACGGUAGCGGCGAGGCCCGAGGCCGGGGAGAGGGAAACGGGGGCGUUUCGGGUGUCUAUGGACGUUCACCGGAGGGUUCUGGCCUCGAAGAGUCGGUUCUUCUCGGAGAAACUCCGGAGAACUGGGCCCCACUCGGUUGAAAUUCUUGAAUGUGAUGAUGUGGUGGCGUAUUUGGAGGCUGUGGUGCUCAUGUACUCUGAUGAAUUGAAGACCAAACUCAUGGGCAUGGAGGUCUCAAAGAUCUUGACCCUCUUAAAGAUAUCUUCAGCCAUUAUGUUUGAUGAUGGGAUAAGAGCAUGUUUGGAGUAUCUGGAAGCAGUACCUUGGUCCGAGCAAGAAGAGGAGACUGUGGUUUCACAUCUAAAUCAGCUUCAGCUUGAUGAUUCAGGGACAGAUGCUGUGCUUCAGAGAGUGAUAGCUGAGCCAUCGACAUCUUCAAGAGCAGAUGAGAUCUUCUUGAAACUGUCACUCGGUGUACUACAGGCCAAAGAUGAUAAAGCCCGUAGAGAAAUGAAGGCAUUAAUAUUUCGACUACUAAGGGAAGAUUGUAAUAAUAAUACCUUCCAGAAUAAGCUUGAUAUCUCAAGAGAUACAUUGUAUCAUCUCUGCCAUAGGUGUCUUAGUUCUCUCAUACUAUGCUUAUCUGGAGCCACAUGCUUAGAUGAAAGUGAGAGAGAUCGAGGAACUUUAAUGGCUGAGAUUGCUCGAGAAGCGGACAAUACACAGUGGAUUGUUAGCAUCCUAAUAGACAGAAAAAUGGGGGAUGAGUUUGUAAAACUUUGGGCUGACCAGAAGGAGCUUGCAGUUCUUCACUCAAAGAUCCCUACAAUAUAUCGCCAUGAAAUUAGCAAGAUCACUGCCCAACUAUGCAUCUCUAUUGGGAAGGGAGAAGUUCUAGUGCCAAAGGAAACUAGGUUUGCUUUGCUGUCAACUUGGUUGGAAGCUCUUUAUGAUGAUUUUAAAUGGAUGAGAAUGGCUGGAAAAUCAGUUGACAGGAAACUGAUUGAGGAGGGACUGAGUCAAACAAUUCUGACUCUGCCAUUGCCUCAGCAGCAAUCACUUUUGCUUAAUUGGUUUGAUAGAUUUCUUAACAGGGGAGAUGAUUGUCCCAAUAUUCAAACCGCUUUUGAGAUUUGGUGGAGAAGGGCUUUUGUCAAACAAUAUGUGGUUGAUUCACAAUUGCAGAUAACUGUCUGUGAUAUUCCAAACUGAUGGGUAUGCUACAUGAAAUCCAUGUCACAUGCUACUAUCUACUGGUGUAAAUAAAAAUACGUUCCUUUUGCAAGCCAUCCAUUUCUUUUUGUUCUUCAGAAUUUUGGGUAAAAGAUGACAUUGUAAACUAGAUUUAUAAAACUGUAGUAAUGGAACAUACUACAGACCAAGUUUCAUUUUCUAAAUACUCCACGUAGGCUUAUAAACAUCUUCAUUUUGAUGCUGGUUCAUCAUAGUUCCAAUAGUAGAAAAUUUCAGGUGAUACGGUGAGUACUUUUUUCCUUUAAGCUUCUAGAGAAGUUAUUAGGCCCCCCUUCUGUGUGUGUAUUUAAAGCAUCUUGCAAUGUGGUUCUCUCCAAAUGGCCGCUGAGGCAGUUCUUCUAGAGCAUGAUGACUAUCUAGCUUGUAGUGGAAGACCUUUUUCUGGUCAUACACACACAUACACUGUGUAGUACGAGGAGACAACUGUAAAACUCAAAUAUAAGAACCAUGAGUGAAGCAAUGAGGAGAUUUUGUUAGACAGAAGGGUCAUUCCAAAUUUCAUGAAAAUGAAAGUCAACAUAUAAUGAGAUUUGGAAACAUGUUAAACUUAGGAUAAGAGUAUGUGAACUGAAACUUUUAUUGGACUUGGAAAUUACAGAUUUUUUUUCUUUUCAGAAAUAGGAGAUGUGUAGAGAUAUUAAAAAUCAAAGAUGUCCUUGCUUUUUUGUAUGCUAAGAUGUCACAGAGCUGCUAGACAGAGGAAAGUAGUAAGGAGUGAGCAUGAAUAGCUGAAAGUAAGUUAUGUCCAUUCCCUUCUAAUUGGCUUAUUUACAAAAUAAUUGGAUGCAAUAUGAGGAGUUGAGAUUCUUUGGAAUCUGGAGCUACAUUGCAGAACUGCAUAACAGAGCUGCAUUAUGGUGGGUGGAAUUGGUAGUCUUCUGUUCCUUACAGGAGAUGAUGGUUGCCAGUCUGCAGGUGAUGAUAAACUUUUGUCAUUUUUUUCUCUUUUAUUAUUAUCAUUAUUUUCUUAAGUCUGGGACUGCUUGUUGUAUGAAAUUUGAGAAUACAAUUAUUAGUAGCCUUAAUAGUCCAUUUGCUGAAAUUCACAAUAGCAAAUUCAGAAAAUUUUAUUUUUACAGGAUUGGACACAAUACUUAGAAACGGUUAUCUUUAUUUUCAUGUGAAGAAGAUGAGUCAUCUUUGUCACUUUGAAUUUCCUUGAGAAUUUCUCCAUUUUUUCCUUGGUUGUGGCUUGGCUAAUUUGGGAGUUUAAUUUUGUUUUUCAAUUAGAAAUUGUUGUUGCAACUUUUUUUGUUUUUCCAAGAUGAUAGAAGAUUUGCAAUACAUGGAAUUUUAUUGGAAUCAGUUCAGAACAGCUGGUGUUCAAACUUGGUGGUACCCAUUUAAACCCACACUUGACAAGACUUUUGUUACCCAACAAGAAAAUUCGUAUAUUUUCAUCAGUUUGCAGGGCCUUGAAUUGUGGCUUGACUUUAAGUAUCUAUAUGAGAUUGAAUUGAAAAAGAAAUUAAGGAGGUCGGGAAGAUAUUGUCUUGGAAAAGAAGUGCCUUUCAAAUCUUUAGAGAAGGUUUGAGGGAUACUUGUACUGUUCAUGUCUA